CAAUUUUUAUUACUACAACUUGUCUCCCUCUCUCUUCUCAUAUCCAUCCACCAUUUUAUAUACCACCUCAAAUCACUCCUUAUCUCCCAUCACUUCAAUUUCACAAACCCACAAAAUAAAAAAAGGAAAUGCCCUCUUCUCUCCAAAUAAUCAAGCCCAUGAGCUUCCUACCCCAGAGGUUGUCGAGGGCGCCGAAGGCGCCCUCGCCGCCCCAGGUCUGCCCCGCCGCGGCCGCGGGGGCCUCCCUCCCAGCGGACCUGCUCCGCCACCAUACCCACGCGGUGGCCCCCGAGCAGUGCUGCUCCGCGGCGGUGCAGGCCAUCGACGCGCCCCUCGAGGCCGUCUGGUCCGUGGUGCGCCGCUUCGACCGGCCACACGAGUACAAGAAAUUCCUCAAGAGCUGCCACGUCAUCAUCGGGGACGGCCGCGCGGUGGGCACCCUCCGGGAGGUGGCCGUGGUGUCCGGCCUCCCGGCCGGGACCAGCACCGAGCGGCUCGAGAUCCUCGACGACGAGCGCCACGUCAUCGGGUUCAGCGUCGUCGGAGGCGAUCACCGCCUCCGGAACUACCGAUCCGUCACCACCGUCGCCGCCGCCGGCGGAGGCGGAGGCGGCACGGUGGUGGUGGAGUCGUACGUGGUGGACGUGCCGCCGGGGAAUACGGAGGAGGAGACGCGGGCGUUCGUCGACACCAUUGUGAAGUGCAAUCUGCAGUCUCUCGCGGAGAUUUCGCAGAAAAAUAAUACUUCUUCUGUCCAUAAAAAAUAGUCGCGAUCGGAUUUGGUGAGGAUGGGAUAGUUUUUCUUUGUAGAUCGGGGUUCUAAUUUUUUUUUCUUUUAAAACUAAAUUAUAUUGGCUGAUUAGUUAUGGUAAUUGGUGUUUUACAUCAUGUUUAUAUUUUGGAGAUCAUUAUUUGAUGUGUUUUGGUAAGUUACUGUACAUAUUUUUUAUGUUUGAAUUAAUCAAUAUCUUAUUAGGUA